AUGGAACGACAUAAAUCAAAUACGUUCAGAAGCAAGCUGGCGGCAUAUACUCGAGAACUUCAUAAUAAAUAUUUACACAUAAUACUCAUCUUUGCGAUAGUUGUCAUUUUUCUAUACUGCAUAAAUAACUUGAAUAAUUCCCUCUUUACUUUUUCUAUUAACUCUUCGUCAGACAUUACAUCGAACAUUCCACCCUUCACGUCCAAUACUCGUCGGCGUCCUGCCCAAAAUCAUUCUGCUAGUUUUGAUCGUAUAGAAAAACAUUGUGGCAACAUAAAAUCCAUCCCAGUUAUACAAUGCCUCCGGUACCUUGACAAUAACGAAUCAGACUACAUCCUUCCUCACAACUCUAUUAAAGGUGUGUCCUCCCCACCGCCAAUUUGUAGCAGAGAUUACCCUCCGAUGUUGUUUCACGUAUUCUGGCAGGGUCCAAUUAACGACAAAUUAGCAUUUAUGAUGAAAUCCUUCCUUUUCAGUCAACCUCUCAACUGUUCCAUUCUUUAUGUAUGGUUGGACACCAGUUACAAUAAUCUCUAUCCUAAAUAUGAUCCACAUAUGCGUUUGCUGCACAGAUUUGUUCCUACCAUCAUCAGAUUCAAAUCGUGGAAUACUAGAAAACAGCUCUCCUCAAUUAGCAUGUUUUCUGGUCAAAUUGAUAAUCAAAAUUCAGUGACCUUAAGCGAUAUGGUACGAUUUGUGAUACUUUAUAAAUACGGUGGUAUAUACGUCGAUGCUGAUGUGCUUUUAAUGAGAGACAUGCGUCCCCUAUAUUAUGCGAAUUUUGAAUUCUCCUACCGUUGGAGUUACACUAAAGGAUACAAUACCGCUAUACUACGACUUCGACGACAUAGUCCAACAUCUAGGAGAAUAAUAGAGCGCGCAAUUAAAAACAAUAUGACAUUCCACCCGCAUCGUAUAAUGGAAUAUCUGUCUACGCCUGAAAAUUACACCAUGGAAAAAAUCGACCGACAGUUAUACAUGUUGCCCGUGGGAUUGUUUGAUCCGCUAUGGCUGAGAGAAGAUGGGCGACAGAUUGACCAUGAACUGAUCCCAAAUCUAACUAAAUUACAAGAUUUUUUCAACCCAGCUCUGAUACCUGGAGAAUUGAGAUCGAAUAACCGUACUCAAUCACCGUUAGACGUGAGAAAGCCAGAGGGGUUUUUUCCAGGGUCGUUUGCCUAUCAUUGGCACAAUAAUUGGGCAGUUCCAAUUCAUCCUACCUCGUGGGCGGGUGUACUACAAACGGCAUAUGAUGAGUUUUUAAUGAGAUUGCGAAGGAACUUGUAUAACGAAUAUAUAUAG